GUGGUGGUGGGGUCAGCACACAGCACAGAGCGACUCUACUGCGACGCCCUCCUCCAGGCUGACUGCCAGGGGCUGCCCAUCUACUGCCCCUUCUACCAGGCAGUGGGAGCCCUGCUUGGUGUGAACCUGUGGCCGGAAGAGCCAGUGCCCCAAUUCCUGCUGUGCCCUGACUGGGCUUUCUUCGAGUUCCUGCCCUGCCCUGCAGAGGAGGAGCCACGGACGAUGCUGUUGGAUGAGCUCUGGGAGGGACGAGAGUAUGGGCUGGUUGUGACAGCCCAGCCAGGAGAGUACAGGUGCUGUGCUGGGGAGGUGCUGAGGGUGGCUGGCUUCCACAAGCAGUGUCCCGUGGUGAAACCUGUGCGGAGGGAGAGCCAGACACUGAGUGUGCGGGGUGAGAGCAUACCUGAGGAGCGGUUCUGCCAGACCCUGUGCCGUGCCUUGGGCAUGUGGCCGGGUGCUCGCCUGAUUGACUAUGUCUGUGUGGAGAGUAGCCUGCUGGGCAACUCUUCGGGGCCCUGCGCCCCCCACUACGAGGUGUUCGUGGAGCUGCAGGGCCUGCGGGACCUGUCGGAGGGGCAGCGCUACAAGCUGGACCAGUGUCUCCAAGAGGAUUUCCUUGUCUACAAGUCCUUCCGCUUCAAGGGCAGCAUUGGGCCCCUGCGCCUGCACCUGGUGAGGGCUGGAGCCUUCACCCGGCUGCGGGAGGCACUGGGCUCCCCUGUGCCCAUGCCCAGGGUCCUGCGGGAGGAGCGGCUGCUGCAGCUCAUUCAGGGCUCUGUCAUCUCCUAGGGCAGCCCAGGGGUCCCGCAGCCCACUCACCCUGGGGUUCGCUUGGUGUGCACUCUCCAGGAGGGAGUGGGGCCAUGUCCCUGGUGCUGGAGGUGUGGGGGUGAGGGUGCCCAGCUCCAAGGGUUUGGCAGAGCGGAGUGGAUGGAGGUAGUGAGCUUGACCAAGCCUCUGCUCCCUGCUCAGUGCUGCUGCGGGGAUGGAGUGGACACUUCGGAGUGUCAUGGGGCAGUGGGGUCCUGCAGCCACUGGAUCUGCUCACUCAGUGCCUUGGAGUGCCUGCAGCCACAGUGAAAUGGGUGCCUGUGCCUUUCCUGAGGGACACCUCAGCUGUCACAGCCCUGUCCAAGGCAGAGGGCACAAUAGAAAUCUCUGCAGGAGCAGGAGGAGCAGCAAAGCCUUGGCUCAUCACCGCACUGAGCGCUGGGGCCCUGUGGCAUUUUGUCCUCUGGCAGGGACACUGGGCAAGGCACAGGUGGCUGGUGGUGGCAGGUGCCAUGGAGCAGCCCCAGCCAAGCUCUAGUGCACAUCCACUGGUUUAGGAAAGAAUAAGCUCCAGCGAGGGAUGCUUUUAAUGUUUUAAAAACAGAAGCAAAGUAAAGGAGGAUUAUCUCUUAAAAAAUAAAUAAAGGGCCGUGCUCUGGGAUUGAUUUUUUAUACUAUUAUUUUUAAUCCUCAUUAAAGAGAUUGCUCGAGCAAUCUGACUGCUC